CGCGAACCUGAUGCCCCUGCCGCCCCCACCCCACCCCCACCCUCCACAACCCAGCAACACUCAACUCGCAUUACCCAUCCCAAAUUUCAAAAGCAUAUCAUUAUCGCUUCUCCUUCAGUUUUGGGGUUUUCUUAUGAAUUCUCCCCAUUGCAAUUUCUGCAAAAAUUUUAAAGCAAAAAAUAAGGGGAUUUUGGACGAUGUCGACUUACAAGAACUUCUAGUAACCUGGAGUCAGAAAAUGGUGGCCUUGGUCGUCGGCGCUAUCCUAGUAGAGUAACUAUUGUACCCGUUGGGUGCGUGCAAAUAAACUCUGAGGUGAAAAGCAGCAAAGAAAAAGAAGCUACUUGUAAGAUUUUGGAUACUGUAAUACUAUGAAGCCUUUUGGGAAAAAUCAUGUGGGCUUGUAUUUUCAAGUUGUUUUACCCCUAAAAAAGGUAUUAGAACUAAUGGUUUGGUGGAAAAUAAGAUGGAGUGAUGGCAUGGCGUCCAAAUUAUUUCCUUUGUCUAUCUAUGGUUCGGUUUACUACCUUUACCUUGAAGACGACAGACAAAGAAGAAGAUUGUGGGCUUGGUAGUAAUAAAUACUCGAAUAAUGUGAGUGGCACACAGUUAAUCUCCAAAUUAGCCCAUGAAUAGUGAUGAAUCAUGUGGAAUUUCGUUCAAGAGGGAGAUUAUGAAUGUCUAUGAAUAAAGUCCUAAAUAUUAUUAGGUGUUUUGAGGAAAACUGUUCAAGCCUGGACCAAAGCGAACAAUAUAAAAGGUUACUUGCAAAAGCAAACAAGCGGCUAGACAAUUAUCAAAGAGAUGAGAAAUGGGGGAAUGAAUAGUUUUUUAUUUCAUUUCAGUCCGAGAAUGGCAUUUUCGUCCAAAGUACACAGAGUGGUGUAUUCAUUUAGAACAAGGAUGCUAAUAGAUGCCAUGCAAAAUUUGCAAGAAAUUCCUUUUCCUCGAGAUGUCAAAGCUUCUAAUAAUGAGGAUGGAACUUCAGAAAAUUUGUCUAUGAAAGUUAAAGCUACCGAACCAUGUGAAGAAAAUCUGAAAG